AGAAAUUUGAUACUCGGCCAGAGACGUAUGCCCCAUCGCCAUCUCGGAAGAAUCAGUGGGAGACUCUGAAUUUUCAAAACAAUUUAAGCUCCUUGAUGCUAAAACAUAUAAAGCCAUUUUUCUAUAGACUUUACGUUAAUUUUACAUUGUGAGAACUGUUUGUCCAUUAGUGGUCGGAAAUCGAAUGGAUCAGAGAAAAGGUGAUCCAAGAAUAUACAUUGUCACUUUUCUCUUCCUUUCAUGUAUCCUCAUAGGAGGAGUCCUUUUAGGACUUUACCUGGUCCGUUCUGAUCCGAACCCUCUGUUUUUACAAGCGGGUAUGGUCUUUGUUGGUGUCCCUUGGCUCUUUUGGUUCUUGGCUUACGUUUACUCCUGCGUCCUCAAACCUUGCAUCAUCUUUGUUAGCAAGAGCAGCAUCUUUGUUAGCAAGAGCGUUACCAGUUUCGAUCCGGAGAAAGGCGAUCCGGAGAAGAACGUCAACAACAAGGUUCCCGAAAACGUCACGUCAACUUCGGAUCCUGCGCCGAGGAAUUCACCGAGGGAAGGUGAGAAGCAUGUGCAAUUCGGGAAUGUGGUCGUUCUUGGGGAUGAAGAAGGAAAAGAGGAAGAUCAAAACGAGAGUAGUUCUAAUAAUCUUAUUCAGGAUCAUAUGCGAAUCCAAGAAGAAGAAGAUCAAGAAAAUCAAGAAAAUGUUAGAUCGAAUUCAAGAAGCGAUGAUGAUGAGAGUAGUGUCGAUAAGGACUGCGAUAGGACGCCAUUGAGAUUAUCGAUCGGAAACAAAUGAUCUGAGACCGGAUGAUCGAUGUUUAGUGCGCGGAUCACGACCUGAUCUUUUUUUUCAGGUUGUAAACAAGAUUGAACAAAGAGAGAGGCUGUGA